CCCUCUCUCUCUCCUCUAGUCCUCUCCUCUAUUUCGAAUGUUAGUGCUGCCUAAAAAGGCUGUAUUCUGAAUUUCUGAUUUUUUCAGAGUAAUUUCUGAUUGAUUCACAUGGAUUAUCAACUGUCCUCUCCUCCUCUAGUUCUAAUACUUACCCACCCAGUACUGAUUGAGUUACCCAGGUGUUAAGUGUAUAGUCAACAUCAUGAAAUCGAUCUAGUUACCCUGCUAUCCAGGUAACAGUUACCAGUCUCCGACGUGUUCAGGGUACAAUUAUCUCAACGAAAUUGAUAUAGUUAUCACCUUAAUACUUACGGAGUAGUUUCCCAGGUGUUUUAGGGUAUAUUUUCCCACUUGUUCACGAUACAGUUCCCAUCCCAAAAUACCAUCACAUUUAUGAAACUGUGUCGUAACGUCUAAACUCGAAAAAAUUGCAAAGAACAACCCAAGGUGAGAUAUAGUUUCAACUCAAAACUAUUUGUCACCAUGGUGUCAAUGUAGUUACCCUGUCCUUUGGCUAAUAGUUAUCACCACCAAGUCAAUGUAGUUAAAUUGGAUAAACGGUUUGAGCUACAAAACUUUUUGAAUUGUUGGAUUUGCAUUUAGUGCGGUGAUGCCAACAAUUUUGUUUUGGCGCACGCAAGAGAGCACUAGGAAACUAGCGCAGUGCGGAAAGGGUUGAUGAUUAAGACGCAAGAUUUGUCCUAACAUUUUAUGGUUAUGCCUAUCCUAGAAUGUUCUAUAUGUUAGUACUUUCCCCGUUGUGAUUAAUUAGGUGUCUGCAAAUAAAUAGGUUCAGACUGAGCACAUGAGUCUUUUCUUGAGGAGUUGCUUGCGUCAAUUACUCAAUUCUAGUUUGUUUCUUUGUAUUCCCUUUGUUCGUUUGUUAUUCAGGCUCUGCUACUUAUGGCACUGGUUUAAUUUAAUGAUGUGGCUUGUAGCUUCACUGUUUCUUGCUAGCAGUCUAGCUAGGGAUAGAUCAGGUGUUAGAUGCUUCAGUUAAUCUCCAUUCUUAUGAAGAACACACAAGUAUUGGAUGGAUACAGCAAAUGCCCGACAUUGCUGAAUUUGUUUGAUGGAGGACCUACCGGAGGCUCUGCUGACUGAGAUUCUAAAGAGGAUCACCAGAGCAAGUGAUCUCAAUUCUUUUUCCCUUGUGUCAAAGCAGCUCUACAAGAUAGAGGGGAAUCAAAGGGGUGCCAUCCGUGUUGGUUCCGGUCUUUGCACUGCUAAAAAAGCCCUAACAUCAUUGUGCGCCCGGUUCCCAAAUCUGCGGAAAGUGGAAAUCGAUUACUCUGGUUGGAUACCUGGACAUGGAAAGCAGCUGGACAACAAAGGCCUUCUUGUGUUUUCAUCUCACUGUUCCUCGCUGAUUGACCUCACCUUAAGCUUCUGCUCAUGCAUCGAUGACUCUGGGCUUGCUUGUUUAGCUUAUUGCAAGACAAUGGUGUCUCUCAGGCUCAACUCUGCACCAAAAAUAACGUCAGUUGGGCUUUUCUCGGUUGCAGUUGGUUGCACAAGUCUAUCUGCUCUCCACCUUAUUGAUUGCGAGAAAAUCGAUAGUGUAGAGUGGCUGGAAUACCUUGGCAGGGAUGGAUUGUUGGAAGAGCUUGUAGUGAAGAUUUGCAAAGGAAUCAAUCAUCAUGACUUCCUAAAGUUUGGUUCGGGAUGGAUGAAGCUCCAGAAGUUUGAGUUUCAGAGGAAAAGAGAAAGAUAUGAUAUUCUUCCAGGUGAUGUUGUCUAUGACUCCUCGUACGAUGCUCACAGCACGGAUAUAUAUGAUUUCUGCUGUGAGAGUUUGAAGGAUUUAAGGUUGGCGCAUAUUAAAACUUGGCCAGAAUUAGGACUUCGUGUUGUCCUAGGGAAGUGUAAAGCAUUGGAGAAGCUUUGCCUUGAGCAUGUUCGUGCCCUAAAUGACAAUGACAUUAUUGCAUUAUCUCGGAGCUGCAGCAACCUUAGAAGCAUCUCACUUUGGCUCAACCUGCAGCGCUACUCUAGUGAUGUCAGAUAUUGUGAAACAAGGACGUCGUUUACUGAUGACAGCCUUUACGCUCUAGCCCUCAACUGUCCUAUGCUUCAGAUCGUAGACCUCUGGUUUACAGGAUGUUCCCGUGACUGGCCAUCAGAAAUAGGAUUCACACAACAGGGUUUUCUGGUGCUCAUUCAGUCCUGCCCGAUUCGUGUUCUCGUGCUCAACAACGCCAACUUCUUUGAUGACAAGGGGAUGAAGGCCCUCUCAUCCUCACCACAUCUGGAGACACUCGAGCUUAUAUUGUGUCAUGCGGUAACUAAUGCUGGGAUACGCUUCAUUGCACACACCCCAUGCUUGAGUAGUCUCACACUUCGUGCGUGCCAUAAGGUUACUGAUGUUGGAGUGGCUGCACUGGGACGUGCACAUAAGUUAGAGUCUUUGACCAUUGAGUAUUGUGGUGAGGUCUCUCUGCAAGCUGCGCAGGGUGUUGCCAAGUCAGUUCACUACUCCAGCAAAUGUUCAGAUGCCCUUACGAAGAAACUUGGUUUGCCAGUAUGAAUUUGCUGCUGAAGUCAUUAUUAAGUUUUUGACUGUGCAUCAUCCAACCCAGAUUCACCUCUCUGAACUUUUUGUUGCCUUCUAUCUUUACUGCAAUGAUUUUCCUUUUUGACAGUGUAGUGAUCUUUGGACGGCAUCUAGCGAAUGAAACUUUAAUAGUAGGCACCACUUGUGCAUUGCUUUGCUUAAUUUCCACUCUAUGUAGCCAUUUCGAAACCCGCACAAGUAGGCCCCAAGAUUCCCUGUUUUUGCAAUGGAGGCACUAUAUGACCGUUUGGUGUUAUUUGUAUUAUUUAAGCAAAUGCCGUGGUCCAA